CUGGGGUCUAAGCUUGUCAGUUGCAUAAAAAAUGGCGGACAAACACGAAUAUUUGUGUACAAAAUAAUAUGUAGCGGCAUUAAGCUAAAAGAACCACCCGAGCAACUUUCGAGGCCAGCUCCGGUAGAACAUACAAUGUACAGAACGAACAUAUUAUGUUACUAAAGCUUGACGUUCUAACGUCAACCACAAUCAAGAGGAAGAAACCAUGGCCAAAGUUAGCAUGGCUUGGCAAGGUGAGCAUAAAACAUACCGAUAUACAGUACCGCUAAGAGUGGUAUUGUUUCCUCUUUUAUAUUAGUUAUUUCACUUUUCGUUGAUGCCCAGGUAAGUAUACGAUGUAAUGUUACUUUAGUAAACUGCUUCAUACUGAAAACCUAUGCUAACUUUGUGUGUUUCUAUGUUUGUUAACGAUGGUUAAUUUUUGUAAUUUAAAAAGCUUAAAAACAGUUAACCCUUUCUUCAUUUCUUAGGAUGUUGGUGACUUAUUCUUGUUUGACUCCCAUCGGAUCAGCCAGUUGUAUUUACCAUCAGGAAAAACAAAGAAAAAAAUUCCUCCACUCCAAAACUAUCUUGAAGAUGUGCAAGGGUUUGGCAUUUCUCCAAAUGGUAAGAAAGUGUAUCUUCCUCUAUCUCACAUACCCAGGGGCCCCACUCACAUAUUUUAAUGACGGGGGGGUCCGAAGGAUUUUUUUGGGUCUGACAUUUUGGCCAAAAAGGAUUUUUUUGGGUCUAUGAAAGACGCGCGGAUUUUUUUGGGUCGCGAAAACAACAGAGGGAUUUUUUUGGGUAUUGUAUUUUUGAUCAGCUCAAAUAAAAAAUAACAUACCGGUAAGCGCAAUUUAUAGUUUUGUUUUUGACCAAAACCAAAGUUGAAGUUGGCAUGUUUUAGCUUUCCAGAAGAUAAAUAAUAAAAUUUGCUGAUGCAAAAACACUGAGGGAUUUUUUUGGGUAUGCUAAAAAAAGGAGGGAUUUUUUUGGGUAGACAAAUUCUGAAGUUGGGAUUUUUUUGGGUAUAAAAUAUGAACCUCUGUCGGACCCCCCGUCAUUAAAAUAUGUGAGUGGGGCCCCUGGGCUCACAUACAUACCCUGCAUGAGAGAUUGAUACAGUACUCAAUUAUUUCGAUUUAGUUGUAGAAAUCAGGAUUAAUCAUAGAAGCAUCUCUUGUACAAGAUAUGAAACCCACCCUUAAAGGGACACAAGCUUAAGUAAAUCAAGAACCUUCAGUCCAAUAUUUUUCUGAUAAAUGGUCUUGUACGGUAGAACCCCAUUAAUGCAACCACCGUCGGGCUAUAAAACCCUGGUCGUUAUAACGAGGUGGUUGCAUUAACGUGGUCUUCAAAAUAAUGAAAUGACUCAGUGAUUUUUGUGUUUAGGUCAAAAAAAUAUAUGGUCGUAAUAACAUACAAAAGAGGUGGUCAUAAGACAGGGACUGCAGGGGUUCCACUGUACUAACCUUUUCGCUCUGAAAAAUGCCCAAGGUCAAGAUUUGAAAGUGUUGCGGAAAAAGAUUUCACUGAUUUGAAUGGUUGGGCUGUAGGAUAUUGUCCACAGACUCAAUAGUUAGAUGCACUUUUCAAGAUCCCACCAGUCAUUCUGGAAAUAAGGGUCAAGCACAUUACCUCUUUUAAGUAGAUACUGGAAAGUGUUCUCUGGGUGUCCACUUAAUACAAGUUUCACUGUCAGUAAAGUAAUCUUGUUUGACAAAAAUACAAUAAAUUCUUCCUAAUACAGGCCUGUUUGUUGCUGGUGCAUUGAACUCAGGAAAAAUUUUUAUCUGGAACAAAAGCUUUGGCACAGUACAGCUUACUUCUGUGUUGGACAAGAUAAGAAUUGUCCACCCUGGAACAAGUAAGUGGCCUUAAACAAACAAUACCUCUUUCAUCCUUUAGUCAGGGCAGAGACAUACAUGUACUCCCACUAUAUGAGAGAGGAAUAGGUGUCAAAACAAUUUGAUAACAAUAAUAAACAAAUAAUGAAGAAAUAAAGACUCAGAGUAAAGAGUUUUGCAAAGCAAAGUAUUUUGAUCUAUCUAAAAAAUUUUUCCUCAGUCUUUUGAUCUUUCAUUCACUAUCAAAUGUUUCAAAGUACUGCACAUGGAUACAAAAUAUUUAUGUUAGAUUCAGGCCUCUUUCCCUGUCCAAUAUUGGACCUAGUUUGCUGAUGAGUGUUACCUCCUCAACCAGCUAUUUGUCCUUUUGAUCCUCUGCUCUAAGCACUCGGACAUCUUCAAGCUUGUUGCCAUGCCCAUAGGCAUACAACACUUUGGAAUUGUCAGGUGAUGGGUAAUCAUUUAACUGAUAAGAUCAAAUGAUGCAGAAGUUUGAUUUUCAGGAACCUGUCUACUUGCUUUUUCCAGCUACAAAUUAAUCAGUGGGUUGCUUGCUCAUUUCAGGACACACAGGUCUGUUUCAACUGUAUAUUUCAGACUGUGGAAGCAAGGUUUUAGUCCUGGUUGGAUUACGUCAAGUUUUUCUUUGGGAAACACAAGAAAAUAACGUAGCUGGGGAUGCCGGUAUGACCAACAUAGUUCUAGUAUCAAACAAAUUCCAUUUUUCAGUACAGUCUAAACUCCCUCAUUCCUUCCACACUUACACGAAAAUGAAGUUUGUUGGAUUGAUUUUAAUAAUUAAAAAAUCAUUUUUCCUCCAAAAAAUUUUUUCUUUUUUUGCUUUUCAAUUUUUGCUCUUUCAUACUCAGAGUCAAUUGAAUAGGGUACAUGGAAUAAACGUUAAGCAUACAGUACAAAGACUUGAAUGUGUGUUCAAGCCCAGCCACCUCUAUAGGAGAGAAGGGGUUUAGUUUUGACUGAGCUGCAGCAAUGAGCCAUAUGAGUCUUCCCUGAGCAUGAUAGAGGGACACUGCAGUGUGUUAUUCUAAACAUUCUGUUUUGUUGUGUAUCUACAGUUGGUGAUUCAUUGAAAGGUAUUUGGCUGCAGAUUCAGUGUGGAACUUAUCUUCUGCCAGAUGAAAAAGACAAAGAGACUGCUAUUGAUGGCACAUUCUUUACUGAUCCAGUAAGUUAAUGUUGAUCUCUCUGAAUUUCAAGCAGAAAAUAUGUUCUUUGUUUUCCAUUUGCAAUGCAAUCCAACACUAUCUUUGAAUGCUGAACAUGAGAUUGUACUGAUGACAGGUGUCUGUUUUGUAGAGCUCUGAUUCAAAGACAGGCUUCAACUUCAUCAUUAGUAGUUUCUAAUGAGUCUGUUUCACAAUGUAGCCACUUGAAGAUCGCAGUUUCAAAUUUUUACUGCUAGUCUUCAUCAGGAAUGUGAGGUCAGCUGUUUACAAAAAAGCACAUUGCUCUGCUGUGAAUGGUUGGUUUUCUGCAGCUGUGAUUCUCACCUCCCUUUAAAUCAAAAACUUGUUCAUCUUACAGUCUUACUGUUGUUUUUUACAGGGUACUUAUAUAGUUUUUCCUUUUUUUUUCACUUUUUUCCUUUUUACCAUUUACUUCUUGUUUGACUACAUUAUGAAAACAAACCUCGUAAUGCCUGAACAUUAGUUGGUAAAUUAAGUUUAACUUUUAUUUGGUAAUAAUGCACAACAAUGAAUAACUUUAACCUUAUAAGACUGUUUCCGUUUUGUUUGUUUGUAAUCCUAGCUGUGUGGUACUUCUUGCACUCUUUCCUGGGUCUUUAACAAAGGAGACAGGAUUCAUGUUACCACACUGCACUUGUUAUGGCAAGAGAAAACCUACAAUUUUCAAGUUGACACCUCUAGCAACCAACUGGAGGAGGGUAUGUUUUACAUAAACAGGACAAACUUUUACCUAAAUUGAGAAGUAGCCUGGAAGCAUUGACACAAGGUUGUGCGUGUUCUACACAAAAUAGUUUUUAGAUAGUGCAAUCACUUUGUCCCUAAAAGAUCUUGUAUACCCAGCAUGUAAGUUUCAUACAAGUAUUAAAACUAAGGGUUUUAAGGGGGCCACUGUGCACCACUGUAGUCUUGUGAUUAAUGGACAUGUGCUGAACUUUAAAAAGGUUAUCAUAGAGAAAUGAUAGAUUAAAGGAGCAAUGCCGCAAACUGCUUAAAACUUGUUUCCAUGGGCAUAGAGAAGUUUACAGUGAUUGCUUAUUCCAUUGUCAUAAGAGGAUGGCCAGCAGAUAGUUUGUGCAAAUGUUGAGCUCAAUUCUUCUUUUCCCCUGGACUUUCUUUUGCUCAUCUUAAUUUUUUUACCCCUCCGUGAAGCCCUUUAAAGGUGGGCAUUUGGCCAACAUAGUAGGGAGGGGGGGGGAGGUGGAGUUUUCAACCACAUUUUUUCAAAAGAGUCAAAUGCCUGGUCAUCGGAAUAAAUGAACUGAUGACUGACUCCUUGUUUAGUGGUUUUAUGUCUUUUUUUCAUUUCCCCUAACCUAUAAUGUGAGACCUGUGUAUAUAGAUUUCUUCAUUCUUUUUUUAGGGCUGGAAUCAUCCUUCACCCCAGCAUGGCGCACAUUUAAGCAUUCACUCUACAACCUGACCCCUGCUGAAAGGACCAUCAAGAGCAGAAAGGCGUACAUUGCCCGGGUAUCACCAGACGGACAAAUUAUGGUGAUAGCAAUGAACCAGAAGUUUGCAGCUCACAACAGAGUGAUGUUUUAUUCACUGUCUCAGUCAGCGGUAGCUGUGAUUGCAGAUUUGAAGGGCUGUGGAGCAAGGCUGAAUACACACGGGGGUGUCCCUAGUGGAAGGUCAGAUGUAAUAAUGAUAAUGAUAGUAACAGUAAUAAUAAUAAUAAUUAAUAAUAAUAAUAAUAAUAACGGUGGCCCAUGUGGUGAGUGUGUGCGAUUAGCUGGUCAGUGCAGACAUAAUAUAAAGGAAGGCAUGAUAACGUUGCACGGUAUAUCCACUGGCAACUUUGUGGUAAAUGUGGAUUGGAAAGAGCUAAUAGCUGGUAUGGCCAGAAGCCGGAGGGAGUGGUAGAAAGUGAAAACUUCAAGAUACUGUGGAAUUUUACAGUCCAGUGUGACCGGAAAAUUGAGGCAAGAAGACCAGACGUUGUCUUUAUUGAUAAGAAGAAGAGACAGGUUGUCAUAAUUGAUGUUGCAAUCCUAGGUGAUGACAGGGUGAAAGAUAAGGAACUUGAGAAGUUAGAGAAAUACCAACUGUUGAAAGAUGAAAUUGCAAAAGUCUGGCGCAUGCGAAAAGUCAUCGUUGUGCCUGUUGUUAUUGGGGCCCUUGGAGCGGUAUCAGUCAACUUUAAAGGAGUACGUGAGGCAAAUCGGCGUGAACGUGAGGUUGGAAGUUGUUCAGAAAACAGCAUUGUUGGGCUCAGCAAAGAUACUAAGGAAAGUACUGUCCCUGUAAGAAGAAGGAAAAGAGAGACCUGGGACCCGUGGGGACUUGUUGUAACCCGCUCCCAAGGACUAUAAAUCAGGCCGAACAUCUUACCUGAGUCUACAAGGAAUGGACAUAAUUAUGACAAUGAUUUAUAAUAUUGAUGAUGAUGAUGGCGAUAAUGAUUUAAUGCCUGCUCAUGAAUGUGGCCAUUCCUGCUAAAAGAAACGCCUUAAUAAGUUGUUGUAUAUAAAUACAAAGUAAGAUUUAGCCCAGUUUGCUGAGAUGCAUAGGUAAGCCGCGGUGUGCCGAUCGGGAGGCAGGUCACGGGUCAGGGGCACUCAACGUCAAUUUUCGAAAAAAUGUUGUAAAAUUUCUUGCUGCCUGCCUCUCCAAGGAUUUUCGAACAUCUAAAAAUGGUAUAAUUGCCCAUUUUUAACGGAUUUUUACCCUAAAAAGGUCACCUAGAAUUUUCGGGAGCCUUUUUCCUGGCUGAAAUUUUUAAAAGGUAAGUUUUGAUCCCUAUAAUUUUCGGAUCACUAGACUUUCAGCUAGGAAAUUCGAACAGAUGAAAAAUUUUUAGGGGAUAAAAAUAUGCCUAUAUCAACCGUUUAAAUGCUAAAAUACGUUUAAUAAUGCUAUGUUUAAUUGGUUUUGAACUAUAUUCUCGUUGGGUGCCCCUGAAGGGUUGAAAUCCCGGCCUGCCCUGAGAGGGUAUGCGUAGAGCUGUUGCGGUGAACCUGGCGAGAAAUUAAUGACAAACAUAGUUAACAUCUAGAGCAUUCAGUUUUAUUUUGCAGCAAUCCAGAAAUAAAAAUUACAAAAUGGUCAAGCGAAAAUAUUAAUUUUAGAAAAAGAUUAGGGAGCUUGGUUUCUAUGAAUUAUGGCUAUAAUUUACAUGCUUGCUACUCGUUCUAAUCCUUGUGCUAUGGCUCCGUGGUUGUUGUUAGUAUUUCCGUGUUCCGUGUUUUGUUGAGAUUUUUCUUCGGGUUCCUGUUCAGCUUUCAUUUGGCCUGUAGCGUUUGGCGCUCCAAAUAAUCGCAUCUCAAUCUCUUCAGCCUGGGCAAUAUUCAUAGUUCUACAAAUCAACUCGACGAACGAUACACGAAACUCUCUUAAUCUGACUGAGUAAAUUAUGGGAUUGAAGAAAGAGUUUAACGAGGUCAUCGACAGCGCUAAAAAGCCUAAUAUAUAUACGACGUCCAAUGACACUUCGCUUCGAUAUCGUAAUAAAACAGUUCUUACAACAAUUCCGGGCAUAUAACACAAUAUUAGCACAACAAGGAUAAUAAAUGUCAGUUUAAAGGCCUUUUUAUCUCUCUGAAAUUGUUCCUUGGCCUCUUGUGUCACUUGCUGAUCUGCAAUUUGUUGUUCGAUUCGGCGGAUUUCACGGUAAACUGUAACAUGACAAAAGACGAUGAACGAAAUGCAUACACCAGCAAAUACGCCCCACAUGAGGAGAAAUAAAGAUUUGUUAACAGCAAGAGGAACGUGCAAAAUGAUGGAUAGGAGCCACGCCAAGAUAGAAGCAACAAGGAAACGAGCAUCGGUGACGAGGGUGGUGUAGGCGAAAGGGUAUGUCAUGGCCAGGAACCGCUCCGCGCUUACCAAAGCCAAGUGAGUUAACGAACCAGACACGAGGACGCUUGGCACGGCUGUUGCAAAAACUUGAAACGAGCACGACGCACUGGAGGUUGAAUCAAGUAACACUGUUAUUGUCAACGCGAUGAGGGACGGUUGCAGAAGGAGGCCGACGACGAAGUCUGUGGAAGCUAGCAAGGCGAGCGCGAUGUUGGACUUGUGCAUUCUUAGCCGAGAUUUCAUUUUGACGGCGAUCAUCACAAGCGCAUUCAAGAUAACGGUAAAAGGAACAGUAAUGAUGUUGAUGACCACGAUGAUGAUCAGAAAAGUUUGAGUGCAAGUCGAGGUUUGAUUAAUUCUGCCUCCCAACGUUUCAUAAACCUCACAUCCAGAAGGGAUGAACUUGUUGCCUGGUACACUCGAAUUCAUUUUCUUUUCUUGUUUUUCUUCCUGGUUCUCUGCGAUUGUCUUACUUCCUGCCUCACCUCACUAAAAAUGACUUGACGGUUUGUGUUGGUCUUGUAAAAGUAGCCUUAUCUUCUGUUGUUCAGUUAGUCCCGCUUGUUUUUCAGCUUGAAACAUUCAUCGUUCUCUGCGGCGAAAGUAAAGCAUUUCUUCGCACACACACACAAACGUUCUACGGCAUCGCGUAGAAUGACGCGGCAUACAUCCGUUCCUUUUACGCAUUGUCUUACAAAAUACAAAGGUUUAUUUUUAGGUAAUAAAGAAAAUGACUUGAAAAACUCAAGAGGCCAGCAGUGCGUACGUCUGCGGACGUACGAGCUUAUUUCUGAAUUUUCAACAGUUAGUAUAUUGCUUUUGCAGAGGAGACCUUGUUAAAAAAGAAAGAAAUAUUUUUUGACAUGUUUGAAAUUGUACCAGAAGUGAGACCGGUCGCAAAUUUUGCUUGAAUCAGGCCUAUUUUAGGAAUAUCUUUGAAUGAGUUUGUUGUUGUGCUUAGAUAAUGCAAUUACAUGUAUUCAAUGACGUACAAAGGAUUGAAAAGCCGUCACUGAACAACACAAUACCUAACCAACAAUAGUCAGCUUACGGCUUUCAGUUGAUUGCUUCCUGUUAAACUUUAAAGAAGCUACGAGCCAAUUUCAAAUCAAACUCACGGUCGAACCUCCAUUAAGCGGAGUUACAUCCAUACAGCAGUUUCUGAACGUUUUCUUAGUGAUAACCAUUCUGAAAACCAUAUGGCUCUUGACCCCUUUUGAAAAACUCAAGACUGGACGCGAUUCUAUAAUUGAACCUCCAUUAAGCGGCCACCCUCCAUUAAGCGACCAGCAAUCAAAGUCCCGAAAUAGAUGUAGAAAAGAAUGGGGAAUUCAGCCUCUAUUAAUAUUACCGCCUUUUGGCUAUUCGGCAAACGGGGCAAAAGAAAUCUAAAUUUGAAUAUUGAAUUUAAUGUUGAAGAGGUAUCCCUAAGGAGGUAAUACUUGCCGCUUGCCUCAAAAUCGAGGGCUGCAAGUAGCCCCCCCCCACCCAUGGUUGCUUCAGGGUGAAUUACUCAUAUCGGGCAAGAAAAUUACAGAAAGGAUAGAGGUGAAAAAGAGAUAGACCUAAAAAGUCUUAACCAAUUUAUGUUCACUCAACCAACGUUACGCCUUAAAACUAACUUGCACUGAAACUGUGAAGCAUUCUGUUUGAGGUCUUGAUGCGCAAACCGGUCGUUUCGAUACAAAGUCGUUUUGAUACGAACGCUGGCAGUAAAAUUGCGCAAAAAUUUAACUUUAACUUCAAGUAUAGUUUGCUCGUUAGUAGGAAAAAACACUUUGAGUGAACAUUCUUCGUUCUUUAAACCAAGUACGUGGAAUUAUUUACUCCUCGACUGAGGCCUGGUUCAGACGCCGUACUUUUCAUGUGCCGAACCCCGAACCUAACUGAAUAAGUUCAACUUUGGAGCGACACUGCCGCGACAUCUGAUUCAGACGGCGUACCGUGUGUCGAACCUAAGUUAAGUUCGACAAAAGUUCGACAGACUCUGUCGAACUUAACGCUUUUGCCGCACCAAACUAAAACUGCCGUACCAAAUUGAUUCAGACGCAGCUCUUUUGCCGUACUUAAUUCAUCAGUUAGGUUCGGCACAUGAGUGGAGCGGCAUCUGAACCGGGCCUGAAUAAACUUGUAUCGAAACGACCGGCAACCUCUUGAUGCUGUAUCUCAAUUAUUUUCUGUUUCUCACUUUUGUCUUUACUCUCAGGUCUUGGUGGAUAACAGACAUGGCUUGGACCAGAGACAGUCUUUUGGUUGUGUGCAUUACUCGCCGUGGUUCAGUUUGUAUUCUGACAAAGCUGGGAGAACCCAUGGAGAUCUCAACAGAGGGCUGUUCUCUCCACACCGGCCCCGCUUUUUUCCUUCCGCUCCAUCCAAAAAUAACUUUUCAGUGAGUGCAUCGAAAUCCAUUUUAACUACUCUUUAAGGCUGGAAAAAUACUGCUUCUCUUACAGUAACGAAUUCCAUUGAAUCGCGGUCUCACGUCCAUUUUUCCCAAGGGCAACGGUUUGCGUACUCUAUACAAGCGUCUGUAAGAAUCUGCGAUAGAAACUUCGCGUUUCCUCGCAAUUUGCCUUAGCCAACAAACCAUUGAAUUUCUACUUGUAUAUUCUUUUCUUGCAUCGUUGAGUAUUGUCCCAUCGACUGUUUGUUUUAGCGGGGGCGGGGGGGGGCGUGGAGGGGUGGUGUGAAAGAGAGGAAUUGGAGAAGAGACACAGCUUUUCUUUGUCUCCUGCCACUAUUCGUCGCCCCAUUCUCCUUUCACGCCACAAGGGAAAAGUAACUGCAAGCGCCGGACAAUUUUUUGUCGUCAACCUUGAAAUAUUAUUUGGCGUUUAGUACUUUGGGGGUUAAAAUAUGUUGUAGACAGACUGCAAAACAACCCAUAUUCUUGCGUAGUUCAAGAACGCGCGAGCAGUCAAACGAAAGGUCUGGAGCGAGGCUGAAAGUAAAGUGUAGGGGGGGGAGCUUGCGCAUUAAAAAACCUGUUUUAAAUACAAAACCUUAGUCAGAAUUUCAGCCGCCUCCUCCGCUCGCUAAGCGAAAUUCAGACUUAAAAAACUGACUGUUUUGCUGUUUACUAUCUAUUGUUUCUUCGCAGACGGUCACGUGAUGUUACCUCGGACUCCACGGAAUCGUAUGCGUCAGAAAAGGACCCCCUCUCUCAGAGAUUCUCUGUGUCAGUACAUCCCCUUCUGCCGGUCAUUUUGAGCUCCGAUGGUUACCUAGUGACGGUGAUGCAACUUCCGCCCGUUGCCAGUUACCAUGGAGUCAUGACUGGCCUCUUGAGAGAUGUCACAAGGUGUGCCGUCUUCAAUCAAUAACCUCUGAAAAUUAACUCGAGUAUUCAUCACUGAAAUUGCAUGGAAUAAUUUUCUCCCCGUCUUCAGAAUGAAUGGGGGAAUUAACCUAAAAUAUAACGAGAAAACUUGGUCGUUAGGCACAAACUGACGUUCGCCGUUUACGGUGAAUGUGAUUCUAGCGUGUGUGAAAUACUACAUUCAAAAACUUAUCGACAUUUUCUAAAGCUGUCCCCAACUUAAAAGUAAAUCCUACUUUUGGGGGGCAAAAAAGGCGAAACCAUCAGCCUUGCGUAAAGAUAAGCAUCCGAAAAUUUCUUGCCGUUGAAGUCGAUAGCCUACUUUUACUUAGACAUCAUUUGAGUAUACAUGUAUCUACUAGAGCUCAUUUAAUUUUGCUUCAUACUGUUUUUGAAACAGUAGCUUAGAUUUUCACAAGAAAACAACACACUGAAGGAUUCUGGUAAUUGUUAAAAAUAAUGACGUCAUCAUACAGUAAUACCUUUUAAAAAGUAUUUAUUGUGUUUAUUGCAGACUUGUCCCGGAUGUAGAUGUAGAGAUUCAAGCUGGAUCACUGUCGCGAUCCUCUUCUAUGGGCAGAAUCAACAUAUUGCAGUCAGAAGUAAACAUUUCCCGUGGGAUCACUUCCACAGAAUUUUUAUCUGAUGCUCCAAGCGAGAAUAAUUCAACCGGGUCUUCUACGAUUGUUCCAGGUUAGUGAACGUUCACGUCGCUCCUAAACAUCUCCUAAACAGGAUCUUAUUUUCUUCAUUUUCAGCAACAUUAGUAACUUUGUAAAUACUAAUGCACCAUCACUGAGGAAUUACAAGAUAAGAGAGAAGCUUUAACGUUUUUUUAGAGAAACGUAAAAGUAUUCUACUUUGCAAAAAUAGGCUUAAUGAAAUCAUGAAAAUGGUUAGUAACAAAUUGAAUGUGUUAAAUUUAUUACAGGCAAAGUUAAACCAGAGCCAAUGCCACUGGCGGCUUUACUUUCUCAAGCACGUGUUCUGUAGGGGCGUCCGCUUUAAAUAGCAGGGCCUCUUACCUGUACACCACUUGCACAUCUCCCAUAAUGUACCCUAUUUGCGCCCCCCAAAAAAAAAAAAAAAUUUUGCAUUACCUUUGUUUUUCAUUUCCCCUUGGUAUUACAGCCAUCCCAAGGGAAAGCAAUGCUUAUGCAAUUUUUGUCGUCGGGGGGGGGGGCAGAUAAGGUGCAUCAUGGGAGAUGUGCAAGUGGCGUAUUGCUUUAGUUUUGCUUUCGCUGCGGAUAAUUGCGGAUCCAUUCAACGUCAUUUGUAGCGAAAUGUUGCGGAUUCCUUUUGCCCCACCUUCCCACUCCCCAAGGGUGGCCUGUCCAUGUAGGUAUCGAGUCAGAUAAGUCUUUUCCACUGGAUCAGGUUCCAGUGUGACGGUACCUGUUAGUGGCCGCUGCAGGGGUGGUUUCCGCCUGCGGGGUUGAUAUGGAUACCUCCCUGCUAUACCUGGGGUAUUUUAGACCCCACCCCACACCACCAACCUUUAAGACACCAGUUCCCAAGCUCAUCUAUCAGCGAUGAGUUUAAUUGUUGGUAUGUUUAUUUGUUAAUCUGUUUGUUUAGGGUACGGUCUAGCAAGUGGAGAUCAAGGGAAAGGUUUCUUUGGACUCAAUGACCCUGAACUUGAAAGCUCUUUGCCUGAGUACAUACCUGGCCAUCCGGAUGCUAUUUCUCAUGCCCAGGGCCUCUCUAUCGUGGCUCUUGCGCUAGGAACCGCGUGCGGCGUGAACUGGAAACGAGAAGUUGGUUCGGCGAUGGACCUAACGGUGAAAGUUAUGGUGAAAGUGUUCCAAGUUCUUCUUCGCAACUCUGAGAAUGUUGCUCAGCUACGCAGCUUUUCUGAACCUUUUUCUUCGCCAGGUGAUUUAGUAAAACGUCGUAGCCCUAGCCCAGUAGGAGACAGAAACCUGUCCCGGGCUCUGGUUUAUUUCCGUUUGUCGCUGGAAGUGUUCAAGUGGGAUUCAGGUCACAGAAACGUGUUUGCCUGGGCUUUUCAUUUCACACACGGUAUCAUAAAGGAGAUACUGCUUCUGAGAGAUGCGAGCGUUGUUUACCGCAUUACUUGUUGUCUUCGAGUGUUGAGGAUAGCAGAACGUGUGUUUAAUCUUGUGUAUACAUCAAAGAGUGAAGAUACAUCUGAUCUACGAGGUAGUGAACCACCUUCGCAAAACCUGCUUCAACAAGAAUCUGAAAAGGUUGGACUGGAAAAGCAGGAACCUAGAGAGGACACACCGGGGUCGAAACCGGAUAAACAGGAAUCUGAUCUGGUUAAACCAGAAUCAAAACUUGUCAAACAAGAUGCUGAAGCUGAACAGGCGAUAGAGAGGAAAGGGAAAGAUUCAGAAAAUGAAGUUUCUGAGAGUUCGCAAACCCAGCAACAAACCAUCGCUCAAACACAUCUCAGUGGAUCGUGGCUGCUGCUGUAUAACUUCACCUCAGAAAGUUACAAGAGAAUCCAGAGACGACUAACUUCUUUGUUUUCUGCUCAGGAAAGCGAAAGCAGAGACAGCGUUGAGCAGAAAAUCGUUGAAUUACUUUGUGAAAUUCAAGAAAAACUGCAGAUGCUUGGUGUAAGGAUUCCAAUGAAUUCUGGCGCUGCAAAGGAGAACAUUGUGGGUAAGUUACGUACUAUAAUAGUUUCUUGGUACUGUGUACAUCACCAAAUGAGGUACAACAAUAUGUUCAAAAGGUGAAUAUGCCCAAACCAUAAAGUAGGUAAUGACAGUGCGAUUAGCGGUGGGGUUAUACUUGUGGAUGGUUCUCACAAACAGUGGAGCCUGAGUCUUACGAGCGCUUCUAACCCAGUGAAAAUAAAACGUCAGAAUGUCUCCAUAUUCUUAUUAUUCUGCAUAUAACUCUUUGGCUUAUGUUCUAGUCUGCGUCGCAGAUACUCUGAACCUUCUGUUUAUAGCCAAGGUUUACGCGAUACGUGGGCCGGCUGCAACCCAGGCUGUUGUGUUCCAGUGAAAACAGAUUGUCAAGUCGCACGUAGAAGGAGAAGAAUUGACUAAUCACAGUGGCUGGGAUCGAGCACUGCAAUUGGUCUAUUCUUCUCCUUCUGCUUACGGCUCUGACGAUCUCGUUUUUACUAAAUUGUACCAGUGGGAGGAAUGAAGUCAUAAGCAGAAUAGUAAAUUACGUAUACCAGUUACGCGACUUCGUAGGAUGCCGGGAUAGUAGGCAGAUUUAUCAAAGACAACCUGGUGAGAGAGAAAAUCGUCAGCCUUAGGUUGGUGUGUCAGAUGACCAUUUCGAGCUACCGACGUAACAUAAAGGCCUCUUUACCUUUUUGUUUUUACCUUUUUUACUCGAUACUGGUGCAAAGAGUUUACAAAUGUUUAUUAUUGCUGCCUUCCAGAUGUCAGCGCCUAUUUGGACGGCACCUACCACAAUUUGCUAUCCGACAAACCGCAGGACUCUUUGUUCUCAAGAAGACGAUCAAGCCUGCAAGAAAUUGUGGGAAACGAGCAAAGUUCGGACAUGUCGAGGAGAUAUGGGUCACCCUUCAGGGAAACACCGGACCUCCAGCAUUCGCGUGACACACCUUUGAAACUUUCACCCAUGGGAAUUUCUCGUGGAAGUGUGAAUGAAGAGGAUUCGAAAACGCUGUUGUCUAUUCUUUAUUUACAAUUACAGCAGUACGAUCUCCGAGCAGCCCUUGACCUUGUGUAUUCAUUAAUUGAGCCGCAAUAUUCGUGUGACCAAUUGGAAAGCUAUGGUAAUUAUUCUUUUUUAUUUAGUACCGAAGGUGCUUUACAAGUCGCCAGUCAAGCGCCCACUACAAAUCACCCGCGAAUGGAGGUCUUGCUUCAUAAUUACCCAAUCGCUAGAGUUGGAGAUAAUCGAGGCCUAAAAGUGGUGCAUACACUUGCUAGGUUCAUGUCAGCCUACUUUUCAAACUUUUCGCUCUUUGUUUUCCCACCGUAUCACCCUAUUCCACUUCCACCGUUCCAGGACCAUGAACAACGCAGGGACACGCUUCUUGACGCGAAACGACAGGGACCUUCUCAAGCUGUAGAACAUGUUCCACUUGACAGGGCCAAAGUAGCUCAAGCUGUACGAGACCAGGGUCUUUAUGAGCUAUGGAGUGCUAAUACUACUGUGGAGCUAUUGCUUGUGUCAGGGUUGAUCCCGGAAGGGGCGUGGCUGGCGAUGAAUCUUGGUGACUGGAAAAACGCAUUGCUCCUUUCAUUUGCCAACGAUUUGCUUACGUCUAGUUUAUCACAAACUGCUGCUGAUCCAGAGUCCAAGUCCUUGAUCCAAGUCGUUUUCCCACUAUCUCCACAUGACAUCGAGACUAACCCCAUUGCCAUGUCAAGGCUUAAUCCUGCCUUCAAGCCGGUCCCUCAUGAGGGAAAAGAAGAAACUACAAGUUUUGUAGACAACAAUUUAACUAACUCAGCCGCAGAAAAGAAAAGCCAAAGGUAUUUCAAGAUUUAUUGUAUCCAUUUUGAAAUCACUGGUGAUUCCUGCAAUCUGAUUGGCUCUCAGCAGUGUGAUUUAUUCACGAAUCACAUCAAUUUUUGCUCUAAAUCACAUCUGUUCCAAAUCGUGUCAUUCAUGUUCUAAAUCGCAUCAUUUCUGUUGUAAAUCACACCAUUUUUGCUCUAAAUCGCAUCAUUUCUGUUUCGAAUACAAUAUGAGAUGUAAAAGCCUUUUUGUUUCCGCUUUUCAACAAACCUGCUACUUGAUCAAUGAAAUAUAAGUACUGAGUGAAUUCUGCGAUUUCAAAAUGGCUGUAAUAAAGUGGUAAUUAAACUUCGGGUCGUGCAAUUUUGGUCUGAAAUCAUACUUGUGAUUUCAAAUCGAACUCGUGCUGCGCGCUCGUCCAAUUUUGAAAUCGCGUGUAUGAUCUCAGACCAAACUGCACUCCACUCAGUUCCAUUACCAUUAUAUACAUCUUAUAAAAUCAGCCGCUUUAGUGUGUUCUUAACGAUCCACUGAUAAUGUAAUUUAAUCAGUAGCCGUCGGGGGGUUGUGCUGUAGACUGGGUCGGUGUUUCUUCGAACUGCACUAUGGGACUGUUUUCUAAGGAACAUUGUAUUAGCCAAUGAAAAAAGCUUUAGCUUGUCCAAAACAAUCCCAUAUUGCAAUUCGACACAAUACCGACCCUGUCCCUGCGCAACUUAAAAAUGAUCAAUUAUAAUGGUGUUCCAGAGCCAUUUUGAACACGUGAUUAACGUGUCGGAUUUUUAGAUCAUGGAGGUCGAGGUUCCAACCUGGGCCGUGCCAUCGAGUUGUUUCUCAUACAAGAACAUCCACGUUGUCCUUCUCCUUUCAGGCACCAGUUGUUCAGAAGUUAGAUCAGCUAUCCAGUGAAAAAAAAAAUCGCUAUCCAGUGGAUCAGUGUCGGGGAAAACCAAUUGCUUUAUGUGGCCCAGUUGUUCGAAGGGUGAAUAGCACUAGCCACUGGAUAAGUUACUAUCCAAAGGAUAGCACAAUUGGUCUUCGUACUACUUUUCCUCUGGAUAGCGAUUUAUCCUGUGGAUAGCGCUAUCCAACUCUUGAACAACCAGGGCCUGGUGGAUAGUGACAGGUAUCUGCCCGGUGGGUAGCGUUAUCCACUUUGCGUUCAACUGGGGCCAGGUUUAUAAAUGGGUACCGGACUGCUUGGGGUAAGCCUUAAUUCAUUCAGGGUUGUUGUAAUGCUUAGACAUGUUCUUCACCGGCUAUAGUAACUGGGAUAACCUCCGACCAUGUGGCACUACUUGGUUGGACAUGCCGGCGCGUGUAACUCUGCCUUACUGUUUUAGAUCCCAGCAGACUCCAGAAAUAGGAACCGAGCUUGAUGAUGAUAAAGUCAUAAAAGAGAUGUCUGGUAUCCUGGAGGCUGGCGUAGUGGCAAGACUGGACUUGGUACCUUUGAUCUUCACAAGUUUGCUCAGCCAGUUAAAGGAGGUGGUGACCGCUUUUGUGUGGUUAGUUCCCGAGGAGUUUUACUUGCCAUAUCCGCCCUCUUACUGCCCACAACCGACUAAUACAAAAAAGGUACGAAUUAGCCAUAACUAUAUAACACACUUCUUCUUGCUUCACGUAAUCCAGGAGUUCGUUCUUCAAUUUGCCAGGUUUGAACUGCGUUUUUUAAGUGCAUGCGAUUGAUCGAUCAAUUAUCCGUUCUGUAGAGAAAUCGCUUGUUUCGCUGUCCCAUUUUUGUUUACUUGGUGUCAAAACGGUUAGAUCCAACGGAUGGCUCAUAUGGACCAAAUCAACCAGAAAUAUCAUCGCCCCACACCCCUGCCCCCGAGAGUCACUCUCGCCUGGCCUCCCGUUGGGUGACUAAGUCGAAGAGACGGAUGACAAUUCAGACUAGGGACGACACCCGUCACGCGAUCUACUUUUUUCUUUCCAGGGCACGAUGCCACCAGCUGCCGAAAAAGAAGAGCAACUCCGCGUCAAUGUCGCGAGGAUUGUUCAGAAGAUCCUCCUGUUGCUAAACGCUUCUAACUGCUUGGGGCCGUGUGUAAGAUGGUAUACAGAACAGCUUGUUCAGGCAACAGAGACCUUUCAUAGUGUAGACAGAAGUUCCUCUGAGUUUCCCAUUCCUUCCUCGUUAGUGGGGUAUGCUGACCGAGGAUUUAGUUUUCACGAGAAACGUGGUCAUGUAUCACCUCAGAAGAAAGGUAAUAUCCUCUACUAAGCUGAGUUGCUUUUCUCAUUCCAGUAAGAGUCGAUUUGGCCGAUACCUUCGCACGCAGACGUUCUUGGGGCUUUGUCACGCUUUCCGGUCCGUGGGGCAGGAAUGCGUGAACUUUAAGAACGUCUGCGUUGGGGAGGAGCGUUGCGUGAAGACCCUUAUGACGGCUGCGAAGGAGACUACGUCUGCGUGGGAGGCUAUUUAGCUGAUUGUUAGUCAAAACUUUGCUAAAAUCAUCGAACAGUCAUUUAAAGGCAAACAAAGGCAGAUAGUUAAUUCGUUGAGGAAGAGCUAAAUCUACUGCUGGAUUGUAGUGUGAAAUGAAGACACGAACCUUGUUAUUUUCAGGGAAAAAAACUGUGGCAGCUCCAUCAAGCGGUGAGAAGGAGGCGACUACUGAAAAGCUACCAUCCUCCGUCAGAAGUGUCCUAAGGUGUUUUCGUGAUUUCUGUGCAAUUAUGUGGUUAUUGCACGCGCGUGACAAGAUGAGCAAGUCAUCCAGGAAGUACAGAGAGCUUAGAAGCCAAUCAACAGGAAACGAAGAGGUAUUUUAUGUAUAUCAAACGCGUAAAGAAUAUAGACCCUGAAACAUGGGCUGUAGAAACGAGUCUAGUCGAGUAUUUUAAUUUGUCUUGUUAGAGAUAUCUGCUAUCUUUGAUAAAUUUCAACUUCAUUUUUGCACGUUGAUUUAAAGAACUUCUUCUUACUAAUUGACACCAGUUUUUUGAUCCUUUCAAUAGUAGUUUUUUUGUUAUCAUAAGAGAAAUUGUAAUCUUGUUUCGUCACACUGAUUUGGCAUGGAUUCUUUUAGGAGACCACGACCAUCCAGUCCAUCUGUUGGGAGACCCUUCUUUGGACUACUAGACUCGUUCCAUUCAGCUUGUUACUGAAUGCUUCAGACAAAAUCAACGACACUUUACUCACCCUUCUAUCUGAGUUACCACCCACUAUUGCCACGGCAGAACUAACAGCUCAAUUCUUUGACGACCCGGAGGUGGUUCAAACAGCGACUGGGACGGCGAAAUUUAAGCGCCUCAUGGCACAGUUUCGAGGUGUCAGUGUACAAGAUGGUGAUGGCGAACAUGAGCCGCUGUCUGUGUUCUAUCGUCGGAUAUCCUGGGAGUGGAAACGAAAACACGAAGAAGAUGAAAAGCUGUUUGGCAAAGAUUGUGAUCAGAUUUUUGCAGUUCCUGAUGCAAGCGAGAGUUCUACCUCGAGGCAUGACGAUCGUGAUCGAGCCGUGGGAGCGGUAUCCUUCGAGGCGCAGCCAUCUUACUUCCAGUUCUUGGACACAUUUUUCAUGAUCACUGUCUCCAAGACUGUCCUGUCGCACCACAGUAAAGCACCAUACCCGGUUCCUCUUCUUUCUUCCUACAGCAAACCUCUUUUAGCAGCAGACACAAACCCAUUGAUUGCUUUACAAAAGAAGUUUCAUAUUGAUCCUCCUAAUAAAUCUGUCAAGGUUGGGUCGGGUCUUUCCAGAAGCCACAGCUUGACAGAUGUUCGUUCUUCCAGGUUGAGAUCAGGUGUUUCUGUUGAAAGCUCUGAAACUGGUGCAGACAUUAAGCGCAGUAACAGCAUGAAUGAUAUAGCCAAACUGAGUUCUCUUCCUGGUUUGAAAACCUUGGGGAGCCAGAUACUUGAUUUCUUGCCAAGUUUAACUUAUCUUAGUAGAUGGACCUUGGAAGGUUCGUCUUUACCUUUAGGUUCUUAUGAUUCUGGUGCUCGCGCCACGAGGGAAUCUGUUCCAGUUAUGCGGGUCCACGUUCCUUUGCCUCUUCUUGUGAACGGUUUGUGGUUGCUUCAGAAUGUUUACUGGCCUUGGGUCUCUAAUCGUGAGGUUUUAGUAGACAUUCAAGUCAUUCAACAGACGCCUCCACUAAGACGUUUACCCAAGAGCGCAAAAGACCGUUACGCCCACGUGAUAGAUGCAUCAACGCCUCCAAAAGGUUUGCGUAAAGUCCUGAGCGAUUCUAAUAUCCAGGCGUCGGUAAAAAAGUCUUCCAAGCGUCACAGUUUUUCCAGUGGAAGGCUAAGACAUCGUUUAGAGGCUGAUUAUCACCAGUCGACCCCAGAUAUGUUGGAAGAACCUCAAAGUGAAGCAGUUCGUUUAACCAGUGGUUUAACAGAGUCCACCAACGACAUCCCAACAAAACCCAGGAAAGAAUCGACCCAGGUCACCAAACCACUACACAAAGUACUUGGGUCAGCUCAACAAAUUCAUCGUAUUCCAAAGUCAAAUAGUGAUCCGAACAUUCCGAACAUUGUGGUUCAUAGUCCUACAACAGAUGAAGAGAAGACAGAUUUUAGUUUUGCACUGAAGAAAAGGAAGACAUUUAGAGGGACGGAGAGAAGUCCAACCACUUACCACUCCGAUACAGGUACAGAAACAACACCAAAUAGUUUUUCAUGCACGUGUAUAUAUCUUUAUCUUUCGCACGCCCCAGACGAAUAUUGCAAAAAUGGCUGAAAUCUUUCAUUGUAGUGGCUUGGGCGUCCAUAAAAUCUUUCCCAUUUGUCUUACUUACCAUUUUUGCAUUUGGUUUAUUUCAUUUGAAUGUUUAGAGUAUCAAAUGAAAGCCACAGAGCACUCGUUUCUGCUGUGGUAUUGUUAUUGUACAAGGGUGUUCUAACGUUUGAGUCUGUGACCAUUCAAAUGAAAGCCAUUGAACAGUUUCGUGUGUUGCUGUUAAUUACCCUGUACAAGGUGCCUGAAGUGCUACUACUGAGCAAUAUUUUUCUAGAGUUCUGUUUCCUUAUUUGCUGAAAAAUGUAGCUGAUUUUGUUUCGUUAGUUCUGUCUUGAGUGCGUUUAAACUGUUAAAAACCUUUGAAACUUGGUGUAGUUAACCUACCAGUGCUAUGUGCGUUUGUGAUUUUAAUAGUUGCCAGUCAUUUUUACAAUUUAACUUACUCUUCUCUGCAGAUUUGCCGUCUCCUGGCAAGCCAAUCGUGACCUCCACUCCUGCAAAAGCCAAGCGCUCAAAGAAAACGAGACGAAGAGAACACCUGGCGAAAAAUAUGUCCGAUGAACACACAACAAAAUCAGCCAUCGUCCCAGACAUUCACGGACCUGACUUAGGAAAACAAGAAAGGGAUGGUAAGAAUAGUCUCCUACGCUGCCGUUUUAACCCCUUAAACCCCCUAUAUGAAAAGAGAAAUUCUCAUUUGUUGUCCUUAUACGUUUUCUAUGGUUCUAAUGGGGAGAAGUUGUUGAAGAAUCAGUUAGAUUCAUCUUGUGUGAUCAUGUCCUUAAUUCUUGUCAUCAAACGGUUCUAUAAAGCAUUGAUAUUUCAAGGAGAAAUUUGAUGCUGAUCGUUCAUAGGACUCUAAGGGUUAAGCGCCGUCGCGCGAACACUCCAUAUUUUUUUCAAUUCUUCAUUUAUAACCGCGAGGCUCUCUUUGGAAGCGUUUUGAAGUUUCUCUCCGAAUUCUCCAGUCAUGUAGAAGUUCUCUUAACCCUAAAAGCCAAUUGUUUCGAUACCCUAACCGUGAAACAAUGCGAAAUAAUGAUAAACAAUGAUGUGUUAUCGUUUUCUGCUCAUUGACACUCAAAUGAAGUGUUUUUUGUUCGCAAAAUCGGUCAGAAAACGUUCUGUUUGCCCUAUAACUUUAUUAACUUACAAAGUGCCCUUUUGUCAAUAGUUAGGACAAUAGAAGAUACAACGUCCUUGACACAGAAGACAAAGGAACGGAGUACAGAUUCUAAGCCGAUCAUUAGGACAGCUACAUCGCGUCAAGGGAGAAGGAGAAAGAAGUCCCCGGAUGAGAAUAAAGUUACUGAUGUCAUGCAUGAUAAUCAGACAGCUAUUGGUGCUUUGGUUGCCAUGGAUCCCAAGCAGGCAAAAGAGGCGGCGGCAAGUGAUUGGAGCCAGCAUUCUUCAGCUUCUGAGGCAGCGGUAUCACAAGGAAAAAUGGAGUUACUUCUUGUCGUUAGGUAGGGUUUAGCUUUGGUGAAUUUUUAACGUCUUGUAUGUUUGUUGUGAGAGUUCAAGCAGUUCUUCAAAACACUGCUUUUGCAAUCCUUCCAGAAGAAAAAAAAACAAAGCUAAACAACAUGGCUGUAAUCGUGGAAGCUUUUAACCAGCUGCAGACUUUUAAAAUCUACAGCUCACCACUCAAACGUAGGAUGGUAAUCCUGUGUUGGAUGUGACCAUUUGUAUAUUCACACUGGUAUUUUUUUUUGGACCUAAGUUGUACAUGCUGCUGUUGCUUGUUUUUGUAUUUUUUUUACAUGUGUACCAAGAAGAGAAGGGAUAAGUAGCAUGGAGCUUGCAGCUACUAUAAUUCUUUUAGUAUUGUAAUUCUAACCUAUGCAAUCUUUCUACAUUUUUUUUCCAGGCCAGGCGAUGAUCGCGACCAAACUACUUUGCAAUCUGGUAUUCCUCUUCUCCGGAUACCAACAGUCCUGGAUAGCAGUCAGAGCUCGGAAUUAACUCCGCAAAGCCACAGCAGGAGACAAACAAACAAUACAAAAACUGAGACUGGGUCACAAACUGAACAGCAGAUAAUGACGUCAUCAUUUUCACAGACGCCUCAGUUCCCUGGCCCUCAAGAUCACGUGACCAACCCUCCUGGUCAUCAGAUACUAACAACGACUGUCUCGCAAACACAACAGCAUUUUGGGAGCCACCCGAUUCGUCAUCAUGAUCCGCAGAGUUCUCAAACACAGGUGCAUUCUGGGAUUCUUACUCGUGAUGACCACUUGACUCGUCCUUCAGGUCCACAGAGUUUGACGUCAUCAGCUACUCAAACACAGGUGCAUUCUGGGCUUCUAACAGGUGAAGAGCACUUCACUCGUCCUUCAGGUCCGCAGAGCAUGACGUCAUCAGCUUCACAGGCACAAGUGUAUUCUGGGAUUCCACCUGACCAAGGUCGGGUGGUCACUCAGUCGGUGCAAGGUACUCACGCGAUGUACACUCAAACAGAUGUCAACACCGAGCCCAAACCAGCUUGGCCAGUUUUUCCUUUGUUCUUAUCACAGCAGCCACCACAAACCUCGCAGCAAAAUCAACCACCUUCAAGUACACAGCGAAAUUUACCGUUACUUCAUCUUCCAUUCACUGACCCAGCUUCAAAACUGGAUUUAAGCAAAAUGAGGCUUCUUGAAAUUCCCAAAAGAAGCAGUGAAACGCCGCUGUUACAUCUCCCAGAAACAAAACCCACAGCAUCGCAAAGUGUGGUACCUGAUCUAAGCAAAAUAAAGUUCUUAGAAAUUCAACCCAAAAGAGAACUAUUGGAAAACGAUACUGAACAAAAAGGACUCGGUACCACGGGCGCGCCUUCUAAGAAGUGGCCUUUGCUGCGCAUGACCGAAAGACAAUCGCAUCCGACUGCAAUUGACUUGAAUAAAAUGAGGCUUUAUGAAAAUCCGCCAUCUGUUCGCGAAGCCUGGCCGCUCUUGGAAACUCCCAGGCAGGCAGAAACUCCGCAGCUAAUCCCGUUGGAGAAAAUACUGGCGUUUGAAAAGAGAAUGAGAGACAAGCUCAAACCUCUUACUGAGCCGCCCACGCACCCACUCUACCCUCACGAAAAAGAGAACAUCCAACCCUUAAUGGGAGAUAUACCAGCAAUGAUGCAGUCUACUGCUUCAGUAACUGAGCAACCUGUGGCACAAAACAAGAGAAACGCGCCUUCAAGGUAAGAUAACUUUGAGUACUACAGUCAUUAGUUUUUGUUUCGUCACGCAACGCCCCUCCUCAAGCUGCGUGGGAGACUAUUCAGUUAGUUUUCUCCCACGCAGCUGUUUUUGUCUCGUCACGCAACACCCCUCCUCGAACUUUCCCCAAUAGGACGGAGGGUAUUUGUUUUUAUUUAUGGAGGAGUCCUUAAGCGGACGUUUGAUUGUACUCGUCUCACGACUUUUUGUAGUAUUUAUGGUCAUUCAGCCCUUGAGGUCAGCAGCUAAAUUCCCCUCACGAUAACAAUGCUUGAUUUACCAUAGUAGUAAUGAGACUAAAACAAAUUAUUUAAGUGAAAUGGUGCCAACCAAAGAAAAUGACAUAUUGACCAUAUUGACUGUAGUGGGUUGGUAAAUGUUGGGGAUUCGCUUACUGUUGGGAUUCGCCCUCAUCUUUCUUCCAUGUUUUGUGUUUCCUUUUAGACAAAGACGAAGGCAGGCUUUGGAGAAAGAAACCCGACCUCGGUCAACGUCGCCAUUGUACAAGAGCAGACGAGGAAGAGGGACGUCUGGUCGCAAAUUCGCACAGAGAGAAGUAAUUACAGUUCAACCAGCAAAAAAAGCGAGGAGAGUUGAAAGGGGAGUUUCUGAACAAGCUCGACCUGAAAAAGGGCAUCAAAGUAAGAAGCCACGACGAAACAAGCCGCAAAUAGUACAGGAAGUCGUUUCUACGAAGGAGAAGGAAAAGAGUGUUAGCUUGAGCGAAAGUGAGUUGGAAUUAUCAGAGAUUUCUGAUCAUGUGGUAGAUAUUUCUGAGGAAGAAGAGGAGUAUUUUCGCGUUGAACGAAGUCCGGACUCGAAUGCUUUUAGCGGCGACGACCGGAGGGGGCUUAGUAAAGGAGAUGUGCACAGGCCAGUCAGUAAGAAAGGUCACCGUACCGAUCCCGUCAAAAACGGAAACUACCAGGAAACUAUUAGAGAAAGAGUCCACAGGGAACCUAUGCUCGAAGAUGUACUACCUGGUCCACCCUCCAUGCGGCAUGCAAAGGAGAGAAUAGGACGAAAGCUACAAGAAGUCGACCAGCUGAUGGCUGAGUAUCGGAGUGGGAGUAGCAGCCAUGGGAACAAAUGGCGUGAUGAUUCUGACAGGCAGUCGAGACGCGAAGGUUCUCUAAAACAGAAUAUUGGUAUUCAAGUGGGUGAGGAAGAGAAGCCAUCGCCAGUCAGUCCUGUCGCAUUCUAUUCCUCAAAUAUCUCUGGCGUUGUCGGACUGGGGAGUACUUAUAAAGUAAGUUCCAGUUCUCAGACUGAUCAACCUCCAGCCCGGUCCCCUCCAGAGAGAAGAGACCGGAAACUAGUAACAUUUGGUGUUCAAACGGAAAAACAAUCUGAUGAUAUUGAUCACGUUACAUCCCACGCGCCAGUAUUACCACCGGAUAUCAUUUUAAAACUGCAAAUGCCCAAGCCUGAUCAGGACCGCAUCCUCCCCACUGGUUCGCUUAUAGAUUAUGACCAAUCUGUUACUGACCCUCCAACCUCUGUACGAGGGAGGCUGAUUGGAGUAGAUAUGAGUGACGUGACUGGUGGUGGCCCCCCUGUUAGUUCCACAGAUGUUGACCAGGUGACCAAUAGUGUUCCAAUAGAUGUCAGGGGGAGGCAGUUCCUAAGUGUGGCUGAUAUUGACCAUAAUCAGUGGCUGGAGGUUCGAAGUGCGCCAUUAAUGACUGCAGAUGAAGUAAGUACAGCUCUUCCUAAAGAAAAGGACACAAAGGAGGAGGAACUGAACAGGAGUGCUGGAGAAAAAACAGAGUUGUCUUCUAAACAAGGUAAAUGUGCAAAUUACGAUAUGACAUCUUUAUUCAUUCAGUCAAACCUGUAUUAAGAGGCAGUCUCCCUAAAAGCGGUCCACUCGAUUUCGCGACAAAAAAUACUUUUCCUUUAUUUUUUGUCGGUGAAGAGGCUUUAGCAGGUAUAUACUAAAAUCGCUAUUUUUGUUUUCAAAUUCUUAUUCUUAGCUCUGCUACAAGCCAAAAACGAAUUGAGUCCGUCUCAGCCUCUCAGAGAGUGUUUCAAAGACUAAAAUUGAUGGAUUUUGAAAAGCGCGUUGCAAACAAGCGAAUGACCGCACAAAAAAUCUGUUCGCUUCAGUUUUUUUAGUUAACCUUCGAUAGUUCACAGGCUAAAUGAAAGUAUCUUUGAUCAAAACGUGUUCAAGUUACAGUGGCUCAAAGAAUACCUAUUUUGCAGGCUUAAUCCAAACACUGAAAGUAAGGAAGAUUUGAGGAAAAAUAUCUCAAAAGUUGCGGCCUAAAUCUGGUUUAAAAAUCAUAUCAAAGUAAAGUUUUAAGCUUAUUUUUUUUGGUUUAUAGGCUCAGACUUGUGGGUAUCUUCUGGGAUUGCAACCAACAGUAGAUUAUAAUCUUCCAUUUUGCGUAUUUGCAUAAUUACUGGCCGUGUCAGAUGUCAUGAUUGUACAGAUUAAAAGUUCCAUGAAAUUGCCUCUUUUGACACUUGAAUUCGUCUCCGGCCUCUAAAAGAAAGCAAUUAAGCUUCUUUAAGUACUUUUGAAUCGAAA